AUGUCGUCGCUCAACAUGUCCUACUCGUUAGUAGUGAUGACUUACGAUCGUCUAUAUGCCAUACGGGAUCCUUACGGCAAUCGCCCUUUAUGUGUCGGAACAAUUUACGAUACCAAACAGUGUUCCUCCGUUCCGCUGGCUUAUAUUGCAGCUUCUGAGACUUGCGCUCUUCCGAGCUUUGGUAAGCUGAACUUCGAAGUGCAGCCCGGUGAGAUCGUAGAAUUAUCCCGAAAGGGCAUACGCUCUGUAUAUCAGAUGAAGCCACAAUUACCACAAGCCAUGUGCAUCUUUGAAUUCGUUUAUUUCGCCAGAAACGAUUCGAUCAUGCAAGGGCAGCAGGUACAAACCGUGAGAGAGUGUGGUAAAAUCCUUGCCCAAGAGAAGCAUGUCGAGGCAGACAUCGUCUCAAACGUGCCUGAUUCCUCAACCUCGGCUGCAAUCGGCUAUGCUGCUCAGUCGGGAAUUACUUACGAGCCAUGUCUUCACCGCAACAGCUACGUCGGGCGAUCCUUCAUACAGCCAUCAAAUGCAAUGCGGGGCGAUCAGCAAUCCACAAGAAAUUCGAACGUCGAAGGUCGCCGUAUCGUUCUUAUUGACGACUCAAUAGUACGAGGUAAUACAAUGCGAAUACUAGUGGACAUGCUAUGGAGCGCAGGUGCAAAGGAGGUACAUCUCCGCAUCGCGUCACCUCCAGUAAAAUUCCCAUGUUUCAUGGGAAUAAAUAUACCGACUGUUGAAGAGUUACUGGCUGGUACGCGAGACCUCACUGAGAUCACUGAACAUAUCGGGGCAACCUCAGUGGAGUACUUAUCAGUUGAAGGACUUCUCAAGGCAGUACAGUCAGGUAUCGAACGGCGGACAAACUUCGAUAUUGGCCAUUGCACGGGGUGUCUUACUGGAAAAUACCCUGUGGCCAUCGACUUUUAA